AUGAGCGCCACGCUGGCACCCUACCUGGAUGCUGUCAAGUCGACUCUUCAGGCAGCUCUCUGUCUCGAGCAGUUUAGCUCACAGGUUGUCGAGCGACACGACAAACCCGGAAGUCGAGGUGCAAACAUCGAAGGAAUUGCUGAUGACUCCCGUCGUAGUUGCACGCAACAAGCUCGAACGAGUGCUCAUCGAGCCUUCCGUCAACUCGCGCACAAGUUCACGCGUUUCAUGUGUCAACGAGCCGACAACUUUGUGAUUUUGAGAAGGAAACCGAUAGAGGGAUACGACAUCUCGUUUCUCAUCACAAACGUGCACACCUCGUCGAUGUACAAGCACAAGCUGGUCGAUUUCCUAAUUCAUUUUAUGCAAGAAAUCGACAAGGAGAUCAGCGAUAUGAAGUUGGCUUUGAAUGCCAGAGCGCGUGUGAGUGCCGAAGAGUUCCUCAAACGAUUCAAU